CGGUUCUGGUUGAUCUUCGGCAACGUCCUGGCGCUCAACUUCGUCUCCAACUUUGACUCGACGCUGAUGGCGUCCUCGCACCCUGUCAUCACGUCCUAUUUCCACAGCUCCAACUCGGCGUCGUGGCUGUCGACGGCGUUCCUCCUGACUUCGACGGCCUUCCAGCCGCUCCUAGGAAGCCUGUCCGACACCAUCGGGCGCAAGACGCCAUACAUCUUCACCAUGCUGGUGUUUGCCCUGGCCACGCUGUGGUGUGCCCUCGCCCAGAGCAUGGUGAGCUUCAUCGCGGCGCGGGCGGUCUGUGGUCUGGGGGCGGGAGGCGUCAUGAUCCUGGGCAGCAUCAUCGUGAGCGACCUGGUGCCCAUAGAGCAUCGUGGUGCCUACCAGAGCUAUAUCAAUGCGGUCUAUGGCGUGGGCUCGACCCUCGGUGCCGCGCUGGGGGGGUUCAUGGCGGACUAUCUGGGCUGGCGCUGGGAAUUUGGCAUCCAGGUGCCUCCUCUGCUCUUGUGCGUGGGCCUCACCAUCUUCACCAUCCCGCACGACCUCGGCCUCACUUCUGGUACCCAGAAGGCCACCUUCCUCCAGGCCAUGAGGACCUUUGACUUUCAGGGUUCCCUCCUCCUCACCAGCGCCAUCACCUUCCUCAUCCUGGGCCUCAACCUCGGCGGCAACGUCCUCCCCUGGACCCACCCUUUCGUGCUCGCCUCCCUCGCCAUCUUCUGCAUCGCCUUCCCGCUCUUCCUCCGCGCCGAGACCAACGCCGUCCGCCCCAUCAUGCCCCUGUACCUCAUCCGCCGCAGCCCGCACGCCAACAUGAUCUUCAGCAACGCCCUCGCCGCCUUCAUGAUGAACGCCAUCAUCUUCAACAUGCCCCUCUUCUUCCAGGCCGUCCUCCUCACCUCGGCCACCACCUCGGGCCUCUGCCUCAUGAUCAUCACCGUCGUGUCCAGCACCGCCGGCACAGCCACGGGGUUCCUCGUCAGCUGGACCAGGCGCCUCAAGUGGCCCAUGUCUCUGGGCACCUACGGCUUCUUCCUCGGCACCAUCGCGCUCUCCUCCAUGCAGAGGGGCUGGCCCAUGCCCGCCUACCUCCUCUGUCUCGUCCCGCACGCCCUGGGCCAGGGGUUCCAGUUCCCAGGCACCUUCAUGGCCAUCCUCGCCGCCAGCGAGCAGCGCGAGCAGGCCGCCGUCACGAGCACCCUGAUCCUCUGGCGCAGCGUCGGCAUGGUGCUUGGCAUCGCCGGGUCGAGCCUUGUCGUGCAGAAUUCCCUGUGGCGGUAUCUGGACCUGUAUGUCACGGACGAGGCGGCGCGCGCGGCUGGGUUCGUGGGCCGAGAGGAGGUCGUGGAGAGGGUGAGGGAGAGCGUCGAGGCUGUGGCGAAACUGGGUGGCAUGGUGCGGGAGCAGGUUGUGGAGAGUUACGAGGCGGCUGUGCGGACUACGUUCUUGUGCUGUGUGGGGUUUGCGGUGGUGAGCUUUUUGGUAUUAUUGCCUGUGAAGUUGCCUAGGUUGGGGCAGAGGAAGAAGUGAGGACUGGAAAGGUGGUUUUCGUGUCCAUUAGAUGAUGAACAAAGUCUUAUUUGUUGUCCACCUCUCUAUCCCCCCCCCCCCCUUCUCUUUCUUUCCUUCUUCUUUUGUAUCUUUUCUAGAUGGAUAAGUAAACAGACCUCAUACAUGUAGAGUCAUAGUCAGUCAGAAUGGCCCAAGAAUGGAAACAGAACAGGAAUUGAUUAGCGUC